UUAAAGGGAUUGAAGUGAAAAGUAGGACAGCAGAGUGACAGGGUCCAGGUGGAAGAACCACGAAUAUAUACCUUAGUUUUCAGCUCUCUGACCCCGACUAUUUUUUUAGUCAGGCGGCACCGCGGACACCUAUGCUCCGCUUUGAUUGGUUUGCAGCGGGGUCCUCGGGUUUGUCCAAUAUGGCGGCGCCCAGUGCCAGUGUGAACUGUGAGGAGUUCGCCGAGUUCCAGGAAUUACUCAAGGUGAUGAGGACAAUUGAUGACAGAAUAAUACAUGAGUUAAACACUACGGUUCCAACAGCUUCCUUUGCAGGGAAAAUUGAUGCCAGCCAAACCUGUAAACAACUUUAUGAGUCUUUGAUGGCAGCUCAUGCCAGUAGGGACAGAGUCAUAAAAAACUGUAUAGCCCAGACCUCAGCAGUAGUACAAAACCUACGAGAAGAGAGAGAAAAGAAUUUGGAUGAUUUAACGUUAUUAAAGCAACUUAGAAAAGAGCAGACCAAGUUGAAAUGGAUGCAGUCAGAACUGAAUGUUGAGGAAGUGGUAAAUGACAGGAGCUGGAAGGUGUUUAAUGAACGCUGCCGAAUUCACUUCAGGCCUCCAAAGACUGAAUAAAAAGAGAUACUGUUUUAAAGGACCGGGUCAUCUCACCAAGGCUAGGCAUGACAGACAUCAACAGGAUGGGCUUCCCCAGGAUGAUAUCUGAGCCAACAGUCCAAGACCUUGUGUUGAUCUCAGCCCCACUUAGCAGGACCUCAUGUCUAAGUAAUUCUGAUAAUUAUGAAAUAAUCAAACUGCUAUUUUAUACUGAUUCUGUAAAAAACAUUUUAUAACUAUUAAAGUAAUUUUCUGACUCAGUG